AUGACGGCCAUCAAACUCCCCAUUGUCGUGAUCGCCCAUCUCCUUCUGCCAACUCGCGGUUCGGAGAGUGUGGCCGAUAAUGUGGCGUCCGACGUGCAGUUGAUCCAGACUCGCGUCUACGACCAGGGCUUCGACGUGCCAGCGAAUGGAUCGACUGGUUGUGUUGACAACGAUUAUGGCGCCGUGCAACUUGCAAAAGCUCAUGCGCGUGUGCCUGAUGUCAGUGGUUGUUCGGAUAUCGGUCCAUACUGUGCAGACGCGAAUUUGUCGAGCCAAGUUCUUGCAGUGUGCUGCGCCACUUGCAGCGAGGGACCCGAACCAGAGCCGGACGUGGUGCAUUGCCAAGAUCAUUCCGAGUGCCAGUCUUCGGAAUUUUGCUAUGAUGGUACGUGCGACAGCUGCAGCCAGUGCCAAUUCUGCUCCGAUGCUGCUUACGUCGACGAGUGUGGGCACUGCGGGCCAGGGUUCCCAUCGCAUGAGAUGGAUCCCUGUCACUCCCAUGAAUACGUGGUCACCAAGGGUUCGCUUACGGUUACACAUGCAUGA